AUGGCAACCCCGGACGCCUCCCGGAGCUCCAGCCCGACCACCAGCUCGGCCCGGGGGGGGCCGGAGAAGUCGCCGCCUCGCUCCGCAAGGGAGGAAGAGAAGCAGAAGAAAGUUCAGGGGCUGGAAAAGCAACGAGGUUCUCCCUCCAAAACAAAGAGUGAUUCAAGGGUUUCUGUGAUCUCCAGGAGAUCCCAGGCCCAGGAGGAGGAGGAGGAGGAGGAGUGGAUCAGCAAUUCCUCUCUGCUCUCUGACGGUGACACUUCCAGAGCAAUAAAACCAGUCCAGGCCUUUGUGAGAGUCAAGCCCACGGCUCAUUUUGCCCAGGACAUGAUCAAGUUUGGGGCAGACAACAAGAGCAUCGACAUCCACAUCGAGAAAGAUGCCAGGGGAGGCACUGUGAACAACUCCUCCACUGACUGGUCCUUCAGGAUGGAUGGGCUCCUGCACAACACCUCCCAGGACCAGGUCUAUGAGGCUGUGGCCAAGGACUUGGUGGCUGAAGCUUUACGUGGCUGCAAUGGCACCAUCAUGUGUUAUGGGCAAACCGGGGCUGGUAAAACUUACACCAUGACUGGAGCAACCUCUGAGUACAAGCACCGAGGGAUCAUCCCCAGGGCUAUCCAGCAGGUGUUCAAAGCAGCUGCAGGAUCCCUCAGUCUUUCCAUCAGAAUCCGAAUUUCCUACCUGGAGAUCUACAACGAGGCCCUGUUUGACCUGCUGUGCCCGGGGCUGGGCUGUGGCUCCAGGAACACCCCCCUGGCUGUGCUGGAUUCCCCUCGGGGGGUUCAUGUCAGGGGUCUGUCCAUCCACCCUGUCAGCCACGAGGAGGAAGCCCUGCACCUCCUUUUUCAGGGUGAGACCAACAGAGUGAUAGCAGAGCACGCCCUGAAUAAGAAUUCCUCCAGAUCCCACUGCAUCUUUACUAUUUAUCUUGAGUGUCGUUCCAGAACCGACACAGAUCUCAAAGGCAUGAAAUCCAAAAUCACCCUGAUAGACCUGGCAGGUUCUGAGAGAUUGAGCAAGAUCACGGCUGCAGGACAGAUCCGGAGAGAGAACUCCUACAUCAACAGGUCCCUGACGUUCCUUGAGCAAAUCAUCCUGGCCCUGGCUGAUCCCAGCAGGGGCCAUAUUCCCUUCCGGCAGAGCAAACUCACUCACGUCCUCAAGGACUCCCUGGGGGGAAACUGCAACACUGUCCUGGUGACCAACAUCUGUGGGGAAGCUGCUCAUGUGGGGGAGACGCUGUCUUCCCUUCGCUUUGCCACCAGGAUGAGGUGGAUCACAGCAGAGCCACUUCCCAACGUGACCUUUGACCGGGAGGUGUCAGUGAAGGCCCUGGAGGAGGAGAUUGAACUCCUGAAGCAGGAACUGGCCAUGCAGGACAUGUUUGCAAGUCAUUAUUCUGGGACUUACAGCCCCCUGAGUGGUGCUGAGAGAGCAGCAAUUAAAUCCCAAGUGCACAAAUACCUCAGAGGAGCCAUUGAGGAGAUCGAUAUAGUGAGCAUCCAGCAAAUCCAGGAGGUGUUCAAACAGUUCAAAGUGAUUGUAAGUCAGCAGCAGGAGGACCUGGAGGCCAAGUUCAGGAGCAGAUACAUUCUGAUUGACAAGGGGGAGUUCCCUGCUGGGGCUGAGGUCGAGUCUGACUUUGGGUCUGAUUUUGGUUGGCUGCUGGAAGAUGAGGAGGAGGAGGAGUACAAGGAGGAAGAUGAGGAUGAGAUGGUCAGUGGUGGCCUUGGCAGUGUUGGGGGACCAGUUGGACUUGGUGAUCUUGGAGGGCUUUUCCAACCUCCACAAUUCCCUGAUUCCCUGAUUCUGUGCCGCAGAGCAGAACAAAGUGACCUCCCCCCGUCUGUGUCUGAUUUCAGCUUCCCCCCAUCCAAGGUGGAGGCGUUCGAGCAGUUCAAGCAGGGGGCUGGCAGGGAGAUCAACCACAUCUUCAGGGACAACAAGAACAUCCUCCUGGCCAGGCAGAGGAGCAGCAAUUCCGUGGCACGGAGGAUCAACGAGGUCAGGCGGGAGAUGGAGGGAGUCAGGGAGGCCCUGCAGGGGAAGAAGCAGAAGCGGUGGCAGGAGGGGGAAUACACCGACGAGAAGGGCCAGGUCAUCAUCGAUGAGAAGGAGUUCUCCCUCAUCCUGAGGCUGAAGGAGCUGAAGGAAGAGCACAGGGCUGGUUAUGCUGAGCUGCAGGACCUCAAGGCAGAGAUCCAGUACUGCCAGGAGCUGGUGGAUAAGUGCAGGAGAAGGCUCGUCUCAGAGUUUGAGAUCUGGUACAACGAGUCCUUCCUCAUCCCUGAAGAUUUGCGGGAAGCUCUGAGGCCCGGGGGGAGCAUCCGGCCUGGAAUGAUUCCCAUCAACAGGGUCAUGUGCCUGGAUGAAGAUGAGCAGGACAGGUUUGAGCGGAUGCAGGAGACCAACCUGCCGGACUGCCCAGGAUCCACCCCCUUCUACAGGGCCAAGAUGAAGAUUGAGCAGCAGCACACCUUUGACAGGACCACGCUGGCCCUGCAGCAGAUGCGCAGGAGAGCUGGGAUCCUCAGGGCUGCUGGGAAGAACAAACCCCUCUCCUUCCUGCACAGCGCGUAGCAGGCGGGGCUCAGCCUGGAUCCCAGCAUUCCCUGAGGAAUGCCAGCUCCCAGAGUGCCUCGUGCUCGUGUCCACCAUCGAUUUGUAAGAAUAAACACUGGGAAGAUC